ACAGGCUGUAGAACUUACACCAUUCUCCCGUCAGCUCUUGGACUGCGCUCCUCCUUUCUGUAUCGCCGUAUGAAAGAGUAAUCGAGAACCUGCAAAGUCGCCUUGAUAUAACUUCUAGCAUCCAGGAGUGCUACCAGGCACGCCAUGGUAGAUUUUACACAGCAGCCCUUUAAGGGUAUAUACGCAAUCUGCGCCAUUGGCUUCGAGAUUUUUCGCCUUCCAGUAUAUCUAAUUACAUUUCUCCUUGGAUUUGGUCGCCAGCACCCAAAAUGGACUUUCCGCCAGGCCAUCAGCAUGCGCGUCUUUUCCUCGCUUCUCUUGCACGUUGCAACAUUGCAAGUUGGAACACCAAUUCCCCUGACGCCAGGAGCAGAAAAGGAGCGAUUCAUUCUUGUCAAACCUGCCAAGUCCGAUGCUUACAAAGGACCGCUGAGGAGCAAUAAGGAUGUUGUGCCUGUGGAAAUUGGCGCAACCUGGUAUCCAGCGCCAUUGACAACCGGUAGCGAUAAGAGCAGAACAAAAGUCAUCCUGCACACUCACGGAGGCGCAUUUGUCCACGGCGACGGAAGAACGGCAGUAAGCGGCUUCAUGGCAAAGUUGUUACUCAAAUACACACCAGCAACACACAUCUUCUGCCCACAAUACCGACUCUCCACCCUCCCUGCCUCACCGACAUCAAACCCCUUUCCAGCCGCACUCCAGGACGUUCUGACAUCGUAUCUCUAUCUCCUCAACGACCUCAAGAUCCCUCCAAAGAACAUCAUUCUCUCCGGCGACUCAGCAGGCGGAAACCUCACCAUCGCCCUCCUCCGGUACAUAACCGAAUACGGCGCUGAACUCGGUCUCCCCGCUCCUUCUUCCGCGCUUCUCUGGUCUCCCUGGAUCGACCCCUCAGAUACAUCUUGCUUGUACGUCCACAACAACAGAAACUACAAGACCGACUACCUAUCCCCGCCCUUCACCAAAUGGGGCACAAACGCGUACGCUGGUCUGGCAGGCGAGAAGUUGUUGUCGUCACCGUACAUCUCGCACAAGUACAGCAUGUUCCGUACUCCAGUACCCAUGUGGGUCAAUAUCGGGGGCAGCGAGAUAUUGUACUUUGAUGCUGUGGAGUGGGCGAAGAAUAUGAGGGAAGAAGGGAAUGAGGUUGUGCUGGAUGUUGAGGAGCACGUGCCGCAUGAUAUUUUGUUGCUAGGGGGUGUUCUGGGAUUCAAGGAGGAGGCGCAUAAUAUGGCUAAGAGGGCGGGGGAGUGGCUGAAGGGGCAAUAGACUGAGGAGGGUGGUGCGGGAUGGGGAGUGCGAUGAAGGGUGGGGUCUUGUUUCCGCUACGGAUAGGUGAUGGUAUUAGGUUCAUAUUGCUUUCGAAUGUCGUUGUAAGAGGAAUAGUAGUUUGUUGUAGACUGGCUUUGAGCUGGGUAAAUCACUACGACUUUUGGACCUAGAGUUAUCACAAUAGACCCGAUGUUCAUCAUCC